UCCGAAUCCAACCCAAAUUCGUAUCCGGUUCAGCCUCAAAUCCUUGCCGCGCUCUUACCCUCCUUUUUUUCCGAAGCGGACACAAACUUGUCUUUCCCCGUAGAAAUCAAAUUGAGGAAUGUUUAGAAAGCCAGAUGAAUUUGAACAGAGUCAGUGUUGGGGUACCAUUUAGUUCUGGAGGAACCUGCUUAUUCCAGGAGGCAUCAGAUCUCCUCCAGCUUAAUACCACAGGUUCACAACAGCGUGAGAAACAAAAUGAUAAUCAGAUUGAGUGGACCAAUGAUCAAACAAGGGUUCCUGUGAAUGGAAUGAUUGGAAAUAGAAUCAAGAGUUAUAUGUGGAAAAGGAAUUUGGACAUGGGCAAGCAGAUGUUCAACAAUUUGCCUGACUUGAGUAGUCAGCCAUCAGUAGAUGCAGUUUGUAAGGAUCAUGUGGGAGAGAUACCUUCACAUGAAUAUCAAAACUUAUUCCAGCAAGAAGCAUAUAAUCCACAAGCAUGGCAGCAUGAGGCACUUUGUUGCAGUUCAAAUUUGCAAUCUGUACAUCAUGAUCACUUAACGGCUUCUUGUUUGACUGACAGUUUACUCCAAACAGCAUUAUCAGCUAAUAAGCCAGGUGAAUUGGGAGAAGUACUUUCCUCGGCCGGUGUGUCAUAUAUUUCCAAAGAGAUUGUUGAUUCUCCUGAGCCAUUCUCAUCUGUUACUGUAUGUUCCGAAGGAGAAUGGAAUGCCAAUAAGGAACCCUAUGAAGAUGGACUAACAUAUUCAGAUAACGGUUUUCUAAGUAUCUCCGAGUCAGUAUCAAAAAGUCUAAUUAAGCCGCAGUAUUCCGAUGAAGUUGAAUUCAAUCUCAGAAACUGUGGAAGAUACCUGGAGACUAAUCAGAAUAUUUAUCAUGACAACGUUCCAGCAUUAUAUGGACAAAGUGUAGAUUCGUCUCAUCUGAAUCGUUGGCCUUCAGAAUCGGAAGUUAAUUGGUUUUCUAAGGACUACACUUUGCCAACUGCAAUGUCUUAUCAGCUGCCUAAUUCAAGAUCAUAUGGGUAUUUGGUGGAGCAAGAUGCUACUAUGAAUAAUGUAUCAAGACAAAGAUCGAGUUUACCCAGUGUAUUCCAGCCUUUCCCAGAGCAGUUACCUAGUAUUCAGCAACGUGAUCUUCAUCAACUUCAUACUGGUUCUUCAAAUGGGUCUGACUGUGAUGUUCAUCCAAUCGGAUCUGCAAACCUUUCAAAUUCAGAUAAUUUGUCUUUACAUGAUAUUCUUGCUUUAUACAUCAAUUACAAUAGUGGAGUAGUAGAUGCUGGGAGAAUUCGAAUUCCUUUUAUGAAUUACUUGCAUUUAACUGUAUGCAAUGAAAAGAGAUGUUGGUGUGAUUGGAACUCAGCACUGAUAUCUCAUUUUCAAAACUGUCAAUAUGCUGGCUGUGGGAUGUGCAAGCCUGUCAGAGAGCUGCAUCCUACAGAUGUUAAGGAGUCAGACAAAAAUAUGGUAGCGAUUCUCCAUAAUGAGGAAUGUAGUGGCUUUAGAUCUUCUAUCAAUGAAGCUGCUUUGCCACCAUCAAAGCGGAAGAGGGUGGAAAAUCUCCCUGUGCUUCAAUGUGGGUCUUCCAAUGCUGAUUCUGGCAAUCAGCAGUCCCCUGCUGCUGGACAUUUAUCAUUAGGGCAGUUCUUUGAAAGUCUUAUUUGCAGCAAGAAGAAUAAAACAGAGAUCAGUAACGAAAUUGUCAGCUGUGUGGAGGACCAGAAUACAGCUGGUGAAUCUUGCAAUCUUGCCAACAUCGACAUCUUGCAUGUUGCAAAUGGUUCUUUUUCCUCUACAGAGCUCACUAAUGAUUGUGGACUGCAGAAGACAGUGCAUACAUGCAGUAGUGGAACAGAUUAUAAUGAGAUUGGCAGUUCUUCCCAGAUGAGCUUAGAAAGGUUGUCUUUUCUUCCUAUAGAGCCUACUGAUGAUCAACAACAGGAGUUACAAAGUGCAUCUAAGUAUGACCAGACCACUUCAUCUGCAAGGAGCGAUUUAACUGAACCAAAAGCUGAUUAUCAGAUGGAAAUGAGAUCAGAAGAUCCAAAGAGGCUGGGUAUUUCAUUGACGGACUAUUUCACCAUUGAGCAGUUGAAGGAUCAUAUCCACAAUCUCAGUCAAUAUAAUCAGGGAUCAACUGGAAAUAUGACAGUACUUCCUAUCUCUGAGAAUGUCUGCCAAUUAUGUGGCACCGAUAGGCUUGUUUUUGUCCCAAGACCUGUAUAUUGUUCAUCAUGUUGUAAGUGUAUCAAGCGCAACUUGGUUUAUUAUUGGGCUAUGGACGAAGCUGGUGGACGGCACUGCUUUUGUACAAAAUGUUUCAGGAAGUCGUGUGGCGAUGAUGUCUCAUCCCAAGGACUAUCAAUUAGCAAAAAUAAGUUUCAAAAGGCAAAAAAUAAUGAUCAAAAUGAAGAAUCGUGGGUACAAUGUGAUAAGUGUGAAUGCUGGCAACAUCAAAUUUGUGCUCUCUAUAAUGCUAAAAAAGAUUUAGAAGGACAAGCGAAGUACAUAUGUCCAUUUUGUUGUUUAAAGGAGAUAGAAGCAGGAGAGCAUGUGCCUUUACCAGUUUCUAUCGGAGCUCAAGAUCUUCCAAGAACUAUGCUUAGUGAUCACAUUGAGCAGAGACUGUUCAGGCGCCUCAACCUAGAAAGAAAUGAGAGAGCAAAAUUGUCAGGACAGGAUGCUGAUGAGGUACCUGGUGCAGCAGAUCUAAUUGUCAGAGUGGUAUUGUCUGUUAACAGAAAUUUGAAAGUAAAGCAGCCAUUUUUGGAUCUUUGUCACAAUGAAGGUUAUCCUCCAGAGUUCCAGUACAAAUCAAAGGUGAUUCUAUUAUUCCAGAAAAUUGGAGGAGUAGAUGUUUGCCUCUUUGGAAUGUAUGUCCAAGAGUUUGGAUCAGAAUGUGCCCCUCCGAAUAGACGUUGCGUCUAUAUAUCAUAUCUCGAUUCUAUCAAGUACUUUAAACCUGAUAUAGAAACUGUGAAAGGGGAAGCUCUGCGAACUUUUGUAUACCAUGAAAUACUGAUUGGGUACAUGGAUUACUGCAAGAAACGAGGUUUUACAACCUGCUAUUUAUGGGCUUGCCCCCCUGUAAAAGGUGAAGACUACAUCUUGUAUUGCCAUCCUGAAUCUCAGAAAACACCAAAACCAGAGAAGCUCCGGUUAUGGUAUAGGUCAAUGUUAAGGAAAGCCUCUGAAGAGGAUAUCGUGGUGAACUACACUAAUUUAUAUGACCACUUUUUUGUGCCGAGUACAAGGAAUAGUGCCAGAAUAAGUGCUGCUCAUUUGCCAUAUUUCGACGGAGACUAUUGGUCGGGUGCUGCAGAAGAUAUAGUUAGGAAUAUUGAGAAAGAGAGCAGAGGUGAUUCACGGAAUAAAGUUAAAAAGCUAAUGACAAAGAGUACGUUAAAAGCAAUUGGACAUGACAAUCUUUCUGCAGAUGCAACUAAAGAUAUUCUAGUGAUGCAAAAGCUGGGGCAAACAAUCUUACCCGUGAAAGAAGAUUUCAUCAUUGUAAACUUGCAUGUUAUGUGCACAAACUGCCAACAAGCAAUAUUAUCAGAAGGUCGAUGGUCUUGUAAGCAGUGCAGAAACUUUCAUAUAUGUGCGAGGUGUCUCGCGUUGAAGGAUAACCUUAGUGAGCAGAAAACACACACUUCCAGUAGUGGAGAAGAGCAUUUACUUUCUGAGGUUGUGGUGGACGAUAUACCUGCUAGCACUGAGGACCAAGAUGCCAUUAUUGAAAAUGAUUUUUUCGAGAAUAGGCAUUCUUUUUUAAGCUUCUGCGAGAAAAAUCACUAUCAAUUUGAUUCACUCCGUCGUGCCAAGCAUUCCUCAAUGAUGAUAUUGUAUCAUCUCAACAAGAACAUUCACCUGUCUAAAACUCACUCUGGCUUCGGAAAGGAGCAAUUCGAGGGUCAGAGACCAUUGAAGGUCAAAUUAAUGGAUAUACUGGUGCAUGCAUCACAAUGCCGUGCAACCCCAAGUAAUCCCUGCUCGUACUCAGGAUGCCUCAAAAUGAGGAAACUUUUUCAACAUGCAAGCCGGUGCAGUGUUAGAGUUCCAGGGGGAUGCGCACUUUGUCGCAAAAUCUGGUCCUUACUGCAUUGGCAUUCACAGACAUGUCAAGAUAUCAGUUGCCUAGUUCCCCGUUGCAAGGACAUUAAAAAGCAUGUAGCAAGAAGGAAUCCAUUGCUUCAGAGAGGUGAAAGGGGUUAGCGACUACAUGAAAUUACAUUGCCAUGAUUGUUCAAGUGUAAAUUCAUCGCAAGUGUACAGCCAGUUCUGUAAUUGACAACGUUGAUCCGAUGCACAAUCUCAUCAGCUGGUGGCAAAGUUUUUGUGAAGAUUGCCAUAAAUCCUGCUCAAGAUCAUAGUAUAUAUGUUAAACAUGAAAUGUACAUAGUGACCAACUGUAGUUGAUUAACAUGGCUUAGGCCUUAUUAGCUUGCCUCCCUAGAGACCCAUUAUGUGGGAACUCAGGAAGUUUUUGGAGAUGAAUAUAGUAGUACAAAUAGUUAAUUUAGCUGAAGUGUAGUUGUUUGUAGAUAAAUAUAAUACAAGUAGUUAAUAUAGUCGAAGAGAAGUGUCUGGCGCAGGAUUUCCUGUUGAACAUAUAACUCAGAUCCCUAUAAUACAGGCCUCUUUGCCCCCA